AUGUCGGCCCGGCAGACCGCCCCGGCUCUCGCCGCCGAGCUCUCCAAGUUAAUUAGGCUAUGCCAUCACCGCGCCCGCGAAUCCAAUUCCCAAGAGGAGGAAGAAGUCUCACCAGAGGCAGAUUUAAAGACCCGACUAGAAAACUUGAAUCGAGUUGAAACCACCGUGCUACCUGCCAUUAGUGACCUAGUCACCGAACUACUCGAAGUCUUAGACUUACCUGCUAAAGACUCGGUUUCUCCCCAGCCCAAGCUCGGCGAAGCCUUAGAAAUCGUCCCUAGGUUCACUAGCCUCGUGGAAGACCUGGCCCGCUCCGUCCUUCCUCCUGAUUACUCCAAUCCAGAAAUUUGUCGACUGAUCGAUCAAAAUUAUCGCCAAUUGCACCAAUUCAAAUCUCACUACUUGAAGAAAACGGUUACCGAGUUCAUGAAAGAUGAUCUCCCAAGCUUAUUCGUUGAAAUCUCUUCCUUUGUUUCUCAUGGCCAAUAUUACGAUUAUAAAUUCAAACCGUUAGACCGCUCCAACGCGCCCCAACACGCUGGGGCAGCUGGCCGAAUCCAAAUCAUGAUCCCCAGAAUCUUGAACAUCAUCCGCGGAUCAAACUUCGAUAUCAUCCAAUCCAUGUGGACUCACUGUCAGGUCAUGUUGGGCCACUAUAUGUCAUACAUCCAAGUCUGUAUCAACUUCACAAACAACCUGGACCCUGCGCGCACUGAGCCAGACUACGCCCCACAUAUACCGGCUGUUCUCGAACUGCUGGACCAAACCAUGGUCCUGCUCAAGAUGUGCAGACUCUUCUCCCGAAAGAUUGGCUCCACACGUCUCUUCAAAUUUGCUGAAGGCAUGAGCUCGGCCGCGCUCGAAAGCUUCAGUGCUGUCUCUGAAAAGUUUGAGAACCACGUCUUUGGACUGAUCGGCUACAUGCACUCUGUUGCCGACGGCGAGGAGAAGCUCAGCUGGGACCUCAAGCCCGAUGUCGAGCGGAUCAUUCAUGAUGUCAACUUUUCCUUGGACUUCAUCCGCUCGAAUAUGGUCCCUUCUUAUCCCCCUCAGACGGUCGAUGAGGUUAUGGAUCACCUGUUUGGAACAUUCUCUGAAAACUUUUUUCCUUUUCUCGAUAGACACGUCGCCCGACUGACUCAGUUCCAAGCUGAGGGUUAA